CCUCUCUCUGCGUUUCGUUCCUCUGGUCCAUUAGUAAAUCACGACGGAGUCGACCCGUUUUGAGUGGAUACGCCGCUUUCAUUUCGCGAUUGUCUCUGGGAUGCCAUGCAUCAUGUUUCGCCGACAGAAUUACGUUGACAAAAUCUAGACUAUGAUGGAUUAAGCAAGUCCUGGCUGCGAGACCUAUUGUUUGGUAAAUGGAUCCGCUAAUUACGUUUCGAGUACAUGGGACCAGCUAAAAGCUCUCGUCAAAAUUUGGCUUCCAACAAAAGCCAUUGAUCCACAUGUUCGAUAUGCAUAAACAAAAAAAAAAUUCUAUCUGUCAACAUAAAAUAAAUGUAAAAGUAUGUCAAAAGUAACAUGUAAUCUGUUUAAUAAUAACCUUAGGCGAUCUUUAUGCGUAUCCCCUUAUUUAUUUUGGUAGUGACAUUGAUAACAAUCAAUGUGAAAUCAAGUGAUGUUCAUUCGAAAAACGCUACUAAAAAAUUUAAGAAGCCGUUAACGGAGAGGGAGUUAAGCCAAUUUUUAAGUAACGAGUUUGAAAAGAAAGAAAGUGAAUCGUGUUUUAAACAAGCUUCUGCAGAAUGGGACCACCUAACGGAUAUUGAUCAUAUACAAAAAGAACAAAUAGCAGUAGAUGCGACAAUAGAAGGUGCUAAACUUGACAAGAAGUAUUGGAGCCGAUAUUUUCACAGAGCUGAUCCCGCUAAAUGCAAGGAUUGCUCGUUGGCUAGGCAAGUCACUAAAUUAGCCGUCCUCGGAAAUUCCGCUUUAAACGAAAACGACUUGAGAACAUUGACUGGGAUCAUCUCAAACAUGACUAAAAUUUACAGCACCGCUAAAGUAAAAUCGUACGAAAAAUGGAAUUUCAAUGGAGGUAAACGGAUUCCAAUUCCAUUAGAACCCGAUUUAAUAAAUAUAAUGGCAAAAACUCGCGACUACAAAGUAUUAAAGUAUUAUUGGGUAGCGUGGAGAAACGCUACCGGUUCAAAAUUAAAAUCAAUGUUUUACGAUUACGUUCAAUUAUCUAAUAAAGCGGCGAAAAAUAAUGAUUUUCAAGAUAAAGGCGCUAUGUGGAGGUCCGAUUUUGAAGACGAAAACUUUGUUGAAACCAUGGAAUCGCUUUGGAAAGAAGUUCGUCCGUUAUACAACGAACUCCAAGAAUACGUCCUCAACGAAUUCAAAACGAAAUACGCCGAAUUUAUGGACGAAAGCGACACUUUAAUCCCCGCUCAUCUUUUGGGGAAUAUGUGGGCACAAGAUUGGGUCAAUAUCGCCCCUUACGUCAUUCCAUAUCCCAAAGAAGAAAAAUUAAACGUUACCAAACUACUUUUGGAAAAACAUUAUACCGUGAUAAAAAUGUUCCAAACCGCCGAUAAUUUUUAUAAAUCGCUCGGUUUAGAAUCGAAUUCGAUGAGUUUCAAUAAAAGUGAAGGUGCGAUGAUUGAAAAACCGCGUGAUGGAAGAAACGUUUUAUGUCAUGCUUCGGCGUGGGAUUUUUGUAAUGGAAAGGAUUUUAGAAUCAAAAUGUGCGCGGAAGUUAAUUUUGAAAACUUUAUGACAAUCCAUCACGAAAUGGGUCAUAUAGAAUAUUAUCAGUUAUAUAAACAUCAACCUUAUGCUUUUAGAAGUGGUGCUAAUCCAGGUUUCCAUGAAGCAAUAGGUGAUACAAUCGCUCUUUCUGUAACCACAUCAAAACAUUUACAUCGCAUCGGCCUCUUAGAUAAACUACAUAAUGAUACCAAAACAGAAUUAAACGAUUUAAUGUAUUUGGCUUUAGAAAGAGUAGCUUUCCUUCCAUACGGAUAUUUAUUGGAUAAAUGGAGAUGGGAUGUUUUUGAAGGAACCGUAGAUCCGGAAUAUUGGAAUUCACAUUAUUGGAAGUAUAGAGAAACAAUACAGAAAGUAUCACCUCCAGUGGAUAGGAAAAUUGAGACGGAUUUCGAUCCGGCAGCUAAAUACCACAUUGUUGCGGAUUCUCAGUACAUCUCUUACUUUUUUGCGCGAAUCUUGGAGUUUCAACUUCACAAGGCACUGUGCGUUGCCGCCGGUGAAUAUGUCCCGGGAAAUGUUUUGAAACCCCUCCAUAAAUGCGAUAUUUAUCAAUCCAAGAAAGCCGGAGAAUUGCUGAGGCGGGGAUUAUCCUUGGGAGCUAGUGUCCACUGGACCGAGGUUUUAGAAAAGAUUACAGGCACCAAGAAACUUUCCGGGGCCGCUAUUCUCGAGUAUUUCGAUCCCCUGUACGAGUUCUUGGUCGAAAAGAACACCGAGUACGCGAACAGCCAGAGAAAGAAACGAAGUUGUUUUUGAAAAAGGAAGAAAAAAAUAUGAUUUUGUAAAACAUUUAUACUUGUAAUAUAAUUUUAUUAC